AUGUCAGUUACAGGACUCAUGCGGGCUAUUUGUUUGCUUUCAAAGGGUGAACGUGGUGACCCAGGAGCGAACUACGUUCUUUCCAGNCUGGUUCGACAUACACUGCGGCUGAUGGUAAUUAUUAUGAACUCGGCAGCAGAAUUGAUGACUUUGGGCGAAAAGUUGCCUCUGGGCGCGAUUGUGGUCAGCUAUCUCGAUUCGACCGUACCCGGUGAUCCGACCCCGAUGGGAAUGUUUGUCAAGACGGGUCUGGAAGAUAACCGAUGGAAUCGAGUGCCUGUAACUUUUGACAAAGAAAUAUCCUACGGAAAUCCCCCGAUGCUCUUGGCCUAUCACCCGAUAGGCGUAAGCGGUGGUUCGUUCCUCGGCUGGUACGGAGCUGAUGCAAUGUGCCGUGAAAUGGCUGAGCAACGAUUGGGUAUCACUGGUUUCCGUGUGUUUUUGGCCGAUCAGGAUCUUCCUCUGGAUCGACUGAUACCAUGGAGGAUGAACAGUGUCCCGGUGGUAAAUUUGGCUUACCCGGUACUAACUAAAAUGGAACGCGCUCACCGUCACAUGGUCUCUCCGUCUGCUAUAGAAGCUUUCAUGUAA